GUCCAUGAAAUAGUAAACGGUCAAAAAAGAUACAAACUAAAGCAGCCCGGCCCCCACACGCAGUAGUGCAGUACUGGUUACUAUAUAGUCCCAACAGUAUUGCUCUUCUUCUUCUUCUUCUUCUUCUUCUUCUUCUUCCACAGUUGCACACUUUGAGUGAGUUUUUUGUUAAAUAAAAUGGCAAACGUAGUAGAAGUGGUUACAAAAAGCAUUUUAAAGAUAGGACAAGAUGAUCCAAGGAGAGUGAUUCAUUCUAUGAAAGUAGGAUUAGCAGUCACUUUAGUAUCUCUGUUUUACUACUUCCGCUCAAUCUACCAAGACUUAGGCACCACUGCUUUAUGGGCUGUCCUUACUGUCGUCGUUGUUUUCGAGUUCUCUGUUGGAGCCACAUUGGGCAAAGGUUUGAACAGGACAAUGGCUACACUAAUAGGAGGUGUACUAGCAGUUGGGGUGCAUGGCUUGGCUACUCAAUGUGGACACAUUGCUGAACCCUUUCUCAUUAGCAUCUUCGUUUUCUUUCAAGCUUCUUUAUCAACAUAUGCAAGAUUUUGUCCAAAGAUCAAAGCAAGAUAUGAUUAUGCGUUCCUCAUAUUCAUAUUAACCUUUUCAUUCAUAUCCAUCUCUGGCUUCCGUGUUCGGGAUAUCAUAGACUUGGCUCGCGAUAGAUGGGCUACUAUUCUUAUUGGAGUUUUCGGUUCCCUCCUUGUUUCUAUACUUGUUUUCCCUGUUUGGGCUGGCCAAGAUCUUCAUAAUUUGAUUGCUAACAACUUACACAAACUUGCCAUUUCUUUGGAUGGAUAUGGAAAUACAUACUUCAAAAUCAAAGAGAAUGAUGCUACACACGAAAUUGAUACACCAAAGCUUCAAACUUACAAGAAUGUUUUCAACACAAAGGGGGCUGAGGAAACCUUGGCUAAUUUUGCAAAGUGGGAGCCAAGUCAUGGUUGUUUUAGGUACAAGCAUCCAUGGAAACAAUACCUAAAACUAGGAGCUCUUUCUCGAGAAUGUGCCUACAAGAUUGAUGCCCUUGAUGAACGCCUAAAAGUAAAUAUCAAGGUUAAUGAAAAUGAUCAUGUACAUAAAUUUAGAGCAAUUUGCAACAGGAUGACGGUGGAGGCAAGCAAAACACUAAAAGAGCAAGCAAGUGCAUUGAAGAGUAUGACCCGGACCCGGACCCGGACCCGGACCCGGACCCGGACCUCUUCUUGCAAAGUUUACGUUGCAAAAUCUAAAGAAGAAAUGAAAAGCUUACAAGAUUUGUUGAAAUCAACAACCUUAUGGAAAGACAAUGAGGACCAACUGCUUCAUGUUAUUUCAGCUACAACAAUUAUAUCCAUACUAACAGAUAUUGUCACUUGUACUGAAAAAAUAGCAAACUGCACUACUCAACUUGCUUCCUUGGCACAUUUCAAGGCAACUAAGCUACAAAAUUCACAACCAGAGUCAAAAUGUGUUGAUCAAGAAUUGGAGAAAUCAACAAGUGCGAGUCAACACCAGAAUCCAACCAAUGUCAAUUUGGUUAAUUGCUCUCAUAUUGCUAUUAAGAUCCAAGCAGGAGACUAAAUGAUAUUCAAAAAUCUGUUGGAGAUACUACAUUUGUGUGUGUAAAUACUAAAUACUAAAUACUAAAUACUUUUGAAUAAUCAAUUACAUCUCUUAUUCAUCAAUUAAUUACAAUUGCCUAUGUCAAAAAAAAAAAAAUUAAUAAUAAAAUAAUAAUUACAAU